AUGGGAAACUCUUUGAGAUGCAUAUCUCAUGAGCAAGAUCCAAACCAGAAGAAACCUUCCGUCGUAAACGGAGGAGGAGAGAGUAGUAACUCCGGGAAACACGUACGGAGGCUGUCCCUGAUACCAUCUUUCCGGCGCCGGACUUUACUACCGUCUCUCUCCUGCUCCGGUUCCUCCACGUCUACUUCAACGUCCAAGAAAGGAGGGAUCAAGACGAAGAAGAAGAUCAGAGAAAGACAUCACCAAGAACAUCACCAUGACCAUGAGAAAGACUCUCUUAUCCAAGAACAAACUUUAGCUGCUACUAAUAUUCUCUUUAGCCAGACGCCUCGUAAUAGCAACUCUGCUCCUACUUUCCGACGUUCCACCUCCGUCGUCUAUCCUUCCACUCAGCCACCUCCGGCCUCUGUGGCCGCCGCUACAGGUUCUGUUUCCGGCGUCUUGACUCCUAAGAAGUCUACUUGUGGAUUUGUUAGAAGCUCUAGCAAUAGACAGAGAUCAAGCACUGAUCCUGUCCUUAAACCUAAUCAGCUCCUAGACAAGGAGCUAAAGGUGGUGGAAAGUGCGGAGACAAAGCGGUUCGUGCUGGUUCAUGGAGGAGGAUUUGGAGCAUGGUGUUGGUACAAAACCAUAACACUCUUAGAGAAACAUGGUUUCCAAGUCGACGCGGUUGACCUUACCGGUUCUGGUGUAAGCUCUUUCGACACCAACAACAUCACCAGCCUCGCUCAGUAUGUCAAACCUCUCCUCCACUUCUUCGACACUCUUAAACCCACCGAGAAGGUGAUAUUAGUGGGGCAUGAUUUUGGAGGUGCAUGUGUGUCUUAUGCAAUGGAGAUGUUCCCUUCUAAGAUCUCUAAGGCUGUUUUCAUCUCUGCUGCUAUGUUGCCUAAUGCCCAAAGCACUCUUGAUCUCUUUAACCAACAGCCUGAGACAAAUUAUGAUCUGAUGGAACAAGUGCAUAUAUUUCUAUACGCAAACGGCAAAAAGAACCCUCCAACAGCCGUUGAUUUCGACAGAUCUUUGCUUAGAGAUUUUUUCUUUAAUCAAAGCCCUCCAAAGGACAUUGCAUUGGCGUCGGUAUCCAUGAGACCAAUCCCAUUCGCGCCAGUGGUCGAAAAGCUACACGUAUCAGAAAAGAACUACGGUUCAAUCCGACGGUUCUACAUCAAAACCAUGGAAGAAGAUUACGCUGUACCGGUUUCUCUACAAGAUGCUAUGAUCAAAUCAAAUCCUCCAGAGCAAGUUUUUCAGCUAAAAGGCUCAGAUCAUGCACCCUUCUUCUCUCGUCCUCAAUCUUUAAACCGAAUCCUCGUCGAGAUUUCUCAAAUUCCUUCCAAGAAAUCUUCUUGA